AGCAGGCCUUGUACGCGUGGAAAGCAAUUGCUGAACCAAGCGAGCUAAUUGAGGCCAGAAGGGAUCGGUACUAGUUUAUCGCUUUCGGGAUUUUCAUGGCUUCUUCUCCUCCACAAUACAUGUAUGAUGUGUUCCUUAGUUUUAGAGGCAAAGACACCCGGAACAACUUUACUAGUCAUCUAUAUUCUAAUCUGGCACAGAGAGGCAUCGAUGUGUACAUGGAUGAUAGGGAGCUCGAGAGAGGAAAGACCAUCGAACCUGCUCUCUGGAAGGCCAUCGAAGAAUCAACGUUUUCUGUCAUUAUAUUUUCAAGACAUUACGCUUCUUCACCAUGGUGUUUGGAUGAACUUGUCAAGAUUGUUCAGUGCAUGAAAGAGAUGGGGCACACCGUUCUGCCCGUUUUUUAUGAUGUGGAUCCCUCAGAGACAUAUGAGAAAGCCUUCGUUGACCAUGAACAAAAUUUCAAGGAAAACUUGGCGAAGGUCCGGAAUUGGAAAGAUUGUCUCUUUACGGUGGCCAGUCUAUCUGGUUGGGACUUACGGAAUAGGAAUGAGUCAGAGUCAAUUAAAAUAAUUGUUGAAUAUAUAUUCUACAAACUAAGCGUCACUCUGCCAACAAUUAGCAAAAAAUUAGUUGGAAUAGAUUCUCGUCUAGAGGUAUUGAAUGGUGGUUAUAUAAGUGAAGAAGGAGGCAAAGCAAUCUUCAUAGGGAUUUGUGGAAUGGGUGGCAUAGGUAAGACGACUGUUGCAAGGGUAGUAUAUGAUAGGAUUCGUUGGCAAUUUGAAGGCAGCUGCUUCUUAGCAAAUGUCAGAGAAGUUUUUUCUGAGAAAGAUGGACCACGCCGUUUACAGGAACAACUUCUUUCUAAAAUCUUAAUGGAACGUGGUUCUGUAUGGGAUUCUUAUAGAGGGAUUGAGAUGAUAAAGCGGAGGUUACGACUUAAAAAGAUUCUUCUUAUCCUUGAUGAUGUAGAUGACAAA